AGGGUUUAUUUUGAGAGGACGGCAUCGAGUCGGUGUUGGCUUGGCGGGUUGGGGGGUCGUGGCUAGUCCUAGAUUCCCCUGGUAUAUAAGUAUGGCGUUGAAGCUCGAGUUGUCAUGGGGGGAGAGAAGCAGGACAAGGCAGCUUUUCAGUGACUGGCAGGCAACUCCAGGACUGGGCAAGAAAGACGACACUGCUGAUUCAUUCUUGUUUGCUUGUAUUGUUAUACACAGCACCUCGUUUCUCUGUCAUCGACCUCUACCAUCACGGUCAGAGACCAGCCAACCAAAGUCAAUAUGUUGAAGAUGACUGACUCGACGAGGUUCCUCUUCACUACCCUCUUCACUACCCUCCUCCUCCUUAUUCACUCUACCUACGCCAUGACCAUCCCUUCUCGAAGAACCCCUGCUUCUCCCUCUUCUUCCUCUUCUACUACCUCUGUCUCCCCCCUCAAGAUCACUCUCAACUGGCCCACUGACAGGUCUUCUUCUCGCCUCGGACGACGAGCAGACCUGGCGCCCGUCAUUGACCAAAACUUCCCGGAUCCCGCUCUCCUCCAGGACAGCACCGGCAAGUGGGUGUCGUUUGCGACCAGCGGCAACGGCUACCACAUCCAGGUCGCCACGGCCGACGAAGUCUGGGGCCCAUGGACGGUCCUCGAGCAAGAUGCUCUCCCCGAGGACGGCUGGACGAGCGGCUCUAACUUCUGGGCUCCCGACGUGAGAAUGCUCGGCGACGGCACUUACAUCAUGUACUUCUCCGGCCAAGUAUCGGGGAGCGGCCACUGCAUCGGCACGGCGCGGUCCAAGAUGAGCGUCGGCCCCUAUAAGAUGGACGACGGCCCUCUCAUCUGUCCUCAGGACGAAGGCGGUGCCAUCGACCCGGCCGGGUUCUACGAUGAGGCUACCGGGCGACGCUACAUCGUGUACAAGGUCGACGGCAACCGGUUCGGCACCGACACGCCGAUCCGGCUGCAGCGCGUGGCGGCGGAUGACGGCUCGACUCUCAUCGGCGGGCCCGUCAACAUCAUGAACCGCAUCGAGUCUGAGGACGGCCCGCUGGUGGAGGCGCCCAACCUGGUCAAGCUGGCCGACGGACGCUACCUGCUCUUCUUCAGCAGCCACAUGUACACAGACGACGGCUACGACGUCAAGUACGCCGUGUCAGACACCAUCUCCGGCACAUAUGUCCGAGGCGCGGCGCCGCUUCUGUCUACGCCGGAGCUGGGGCUCAAGGGGCCCGGCGGCGGCACGAGUUCCGAAGAUGCCAGCGUCUUGGUGUUUCACGGCUGGUGCAGGUCGAAGGUGCGGUGCAUGUAUGUGCUUGGAUAUACGAUUCUGUGAUGGGAUAUGAGGGGAUAUGAGGGGAUAUGAUGAGAUAGCCACUUAGUGGAGAGGGAUAUUGGAAAUAUGGACGUGACAAGUCAUCAUCGUGUAUGACAGUAUAUGACAGGAUACCCCGAGUAAUAGAUGGAUAAGCGGACGGCAUGAAUUGGGCGUUGGAUGGAUGGGUGGAUACUGACUUAGAUACUGGCUAAGUUACUUGGACGAUAAUAUUAUCCGGAAUUUUGGGCAUAUGCUUCUUCUCGUGAAUACGGAGUGUGUGAUGUCAAAGUAACUUGGAUGCUAAAUGUUGGACAAGGCCGGAUCGGCAGUGAACAUGUGGUCCAUACUCGCAUCGCAUGGGUUGUUUGAUGUGGGAGGACUUGGACACUUGGAGUAUCGCGGGGAAUGAAAGGCCUACCAAUGGAUCCUCUAUGCUCCGGCUGCACGCACUUCCCCAGACGAGAGAAUUAGGGGACUUUGAUA